UUGCAGAUUGCAAUAUUAAAACUCGUAUCUAAUGAACGGCGCCAGUCUCAUUUUACUGCAAUUAUCGACAGAGGAAAAAAAGAAACGUUUUUCUUUCUUGUGAUGGAGCUGGUAUUUUCUGUAUCCACAGGCUUAGGUGCCUCAAUACAGUGUCUCGAAGCAUGUGAAGAUUUACAUAAGUAUGGAUUUAUACAUCGAGACCUUAAACCCGCCAAUUAUGCUAUCGGAUUGGGAGAAAAGAAAAGAAUAGUGUAUAUUCUGGAUUUUGGUAUAGCUCGCCGAAUUCUCAAUGAUAAGAAUGAACUAAAAACACCGCGAAUUUCCGUACGCUUCAAGGGCACAAUUCCAUUUGCUUCCAUAGCGUGUCACAAAGGCAUAGAAAUGGGACCAAAAGAUGAUUGCGAGUCUUGGUACUACCUCAUGCUGGAUCUAACCGUUCCAGGA